AUGUUAUCUCCCGUUCUAGUCACAGUAUUGCCGCAAGAGGGCAAAACGCAAGAAGGCAAAACACCACGGAGGUGCAAAAACUGCCCCUGGGACUUGCCAGCUCGUGUCCCUUCGCUGCCGCGGUACAGACGCUCACGAAGGGGCCGCCGGGCUGCCUUUCCUUCCACGCAGUCCUCCGUGACGCGCAGAAAUUCCCUACAACGAUUCAUAAGUUUCCUUUGUUCCCCCACCUCACUUCAUUCAAAGCUUCCUCCUUUUUCUUGCUGCCCAUCAAAACAGUCAGGGGCUACUGACGAUACCCAGCACUACCGGCUGGCUCGCACCUGCCGGUGUCUCCGAUGUCCUUGGUCCCUCUCUUUGACUGGCCGCGCUCCCGGAGCGCUUUCCGCCGCCGUUUGUCUCCCGUCUCUUCCCGUUCGCAGGAGCAGCUGCUACUGCGCAACCCCAUCCCCGCCCGCUCCAGCGCCGCCACCUCCUCUGCGCUGCCCCACGUCACAAACUUCAGCUGCUGCUCAGGACUCUUGCAAUGUGAACUUAGAUACCAUUCCAAAGUGGGUGAAAUGUGUCAUUGAAAAGGCAGAGUGGACAAUUGGAAAACUGCACUGUCCAUUCUGUGAGGCCUGCUUAGUGGGCUUUAACUUUGUUUGCAACAAAAGGUAUUUCUGUGGACAGUUAGUAAAUAUACAUUUCUGCAAAACUCAGACUGACUCUCAACCAUCUUUCUCUGUUAAAUUGUCAAAAUCAUCAGGAAAACAUAGCCUCAAAAAUCAGUCUGGUUUUAGCAAGGAUACCUGCCACGAAGUGGUAACUGCAACUUUGCAAAUCAAAAGUCAAGGACUUCCCUACAUGGCCAGAAAUAAUAAUGGUCCUGGAAAAUUAAUAGAAGCACUUUGUCUAGAAGUAGAAGCUCCAAGAUAUGAGAUGAAAAGUAAAAAACUUCCCUUAAGGGCAUUAAACCAGAACAGAAAUCUCUCUUCUUCCUAUCCUAUAAAUGAUGCAUGCACUGUAAAAACUUUUCACAGAAGAUCACGUAGUUUGGAUUUACAUAUCAGAGAGAGACUGUUUUUGUCACCUGUGUUAUAUGAAACUUGCAGUAUGGGAACUAUUUACCAUGGCCAAAAUGAAAACCCACCUGUUUACUCACAGGGUGGCUUGCAAUUAGAGUCCAAUAGGAAAGUAGUUCUUUUCAGGACCUGUGUAGUUCUAGUGCUGCCAAACUACAAAACCAAUUUCAAGUUACAUCCUUUACCACAUUACUGCACAGAGGAACAGAAAGUGAGUGUGAUUUUGGAGCUCGUGGACAACCUUCUGCAAGUAUUGUUGCUGAUAGGUCACCAUUUGUGCUGAAACUUUCUUCACCUAUGAGGGCUGUAGAAGACAAAGAGUACCUCACACCUGUUGGUCUUGUGCAGCCUUUGGUAUUUCCUUCAACCAAAAACUGAGAAAGAGAGAAAGAAGCAAGUUGAAAAGCCUGAGGAGAAAGCAAAGAU